AUGGCCUCCUGCUCUCUGGGUCGUUCACAUUUCGAGGUGUCGCGGUCUACAUAUACGGAAUUGACAUCCUCGAUCCAGCAAACGUCACAUUUUCCUCCAGCAAUCCGCCGCUCUCUGCGUUCCACUACAAGGACACCGGCUCGCAGAAACUUUUAUACUGUUCAACGAGACUGCGAUGCCAAAGCCCAAUGGGCAGGCGCCGGGGAGACGUUGUUUGACUAUGCCGUGGUUACCGUCGAUCAGGAGAUGGCGGCGCCUCCUCUUUUAUCUCAACAACCCAACUCGGAACCAUCCCCAUCCACUAGUACUGCAACACACGCGUCAACUUCAACUCCCAUUGGGGAACAGCAAUCCCAAUCUUCCAAAUCUACUGCAGCACCUUCGUCAAUUCCAAGUGACCCAACUGCGAGUAGCACCAGUCGACCAAGCCACUCGAGACUCUUGCUUAUUGUUGGUGGAAUCCUUGGUGCGGUUGGGGCUGUGGCCCUCGUUGGAAUCAUGAUUCCCCCUCCUCCCCAACUUGAAAUACACCGAGUGCAGUCGGGUCGCCUUCCAGUCAUGUUUCGCCUGAUAUCCGAACGACUUCAACUCGGACGAAGUGUUGCUGUCCCAGCCAGGAUGGCACCCCAGGCCUUCCUCGAAACCGUGGCACACCCUACUACCACUGGCAAAAACCCUGCAAAUGUCGUGGUUCAGGAUCUCAAUUCUGAUCCGACUCCAGCACUCGAACGGCCCCAAACCACUGGCACGAGUCAAGUGGCAGAGCACGAACGAAGAUUGCGCGUGUUGGAAGGGUUGAUGCGCGCCGAAUCUGAUACACUCCCUCCAGCAUAUGUGUCGGACGUCUAA